AUGGCAUCAAAGCUUGUAGUGUUUGCGGAGACCGACGUGCUCAAGGCGGUUGAGCUGAUAGACGAGCUUCCCAGAAGUAGAGAGGUCUUGGUGUUCGAACAACUAGCGCCGAUCACCAAAGUGGGACUGACCGCCGAAGUUGAGCUCCUUGAGGGAGGUGAUGCGUUUGACGAGAGUGGUGGCACGAUGGCGAACGUUGUACUCGAUGUUGCGCUGCAAAUCGGGCUCUGUAUUGAAUUGACAUCUAGUCUAGCGGUGUCGAGGCCUGUCGGAUUGAAUGACGGGCAUUCAUCUCUGACCGGAGUCCCUCGAGCGGCAAUAGUGUUUUAA